AUGUCAGACCCUUACGGAUACCAGAACCAAAACCAGAACCAGGGCCAAUACGGUGGCUACCAGGCCCCGCAGCAAGGAUAUGGAGGCUACCAGCAAAGCCCUCCUGCACCCCAGUACGGUGACCAACAGCAGUAUGGCGGCCAGCAGCAGUAUGGCAGCACCCCUCAAUAUGGCGACAACCAGUACAACCAACAAUACGGCGCUCCAGCCCACGGUGGAUUCCAGCACGGCCAGCAAGGCGGAGCUCAGUACGGUGGACCUGCCCCGCCGCAACAGCAAGCAUACGGCCAAUACCCUCCACAAGACCCAUCUCACCAGUUCCCUCAACAAGGGGCCUACAACCAGAAUGCCGCUCCUCAGGACCCCAACAACCCCUACGCUCAUCAACAGAACCAGUAUGGCCCCACCGAUCCUGCUGCCGGCCAAGAGGGCGAUCGUGGUCUAAUGGGAGCGGUAACUGGCGGACUCGGCGGUGGUCUGCUCGGACACAAGGCUGGUCACGGCAUCAUUGGCACCAUUGCCGGUGCAUUCUUGGGCAGUAAAGCCGAGGACAAGUACAAGGAGAGCCACAACCAACAGCAAUACGGUGGUCACAACAACAAGUGGUGGCAGGCCGCGCCUGUCCACAAUGCAAAAUAUUUCUUCGCUUCGCCCACCUACAACAAAUGGGUGAAGCUGACCGCCGCCGACGUCCACGCUCUGCGCGAAGUAAAGGGCUUUGAAGGUCAAAAUGUCUACUUCCACCACAACCAUCCCAUCCGCUUUGUCUACCUCGUCGCCCCCAUUGUCGCCAUCCAAGAAAUCCCAAACACAAAGUUCCUCCUCUUGACUCUCGAUGACAGCAGUGGCGCCUGCAUAGACGUAAGAAUUGAACGCAAAGACCCUACGAAGGUGGAGGCCGGCACUUCAAACACAGUCGUGGAAAACCUGAACAUCACCACUGCAUUUGGCUAUGACUCUGAGAUUCGGGUUGAUGGUCAGGUCGUGGAUGUCGCGACUGUGAUGAAGGUGAAGUGCACGAUUGGGAGAUUUAGGGGCAGCAAGCAGUUGGAGUUGAAGAGAUGUAACGUCAUCAAGGAUACGAGCGAGGAGACUGCGGCGUGGGAGAGUAUGGCGGAGUUCAAGAGGGACGUGCUUGGGAAGCCUUGGGUUCUGAGUGCUGCAGACCGAGUCGAUCUGGAUGUUCAGCUGCAAGAGGAGGCCAUGCGGGAGCAGGAAGAAGAACGUCGAGAAAGACGGACUCAGCGUGCGCUCCAAAAACGUGAAGAGCAUCGAGCGGAGAAGAGAAAGGCCAGGGAAGAAGAAAAAGAGAAGAGGCGACUCGCUGCUGAAAAGAAGUUCAACCGGGGUGCUCUGAUAUGA